CCCAAGCUCAACAAGUUGUUUGCUGGUACUUCCAUUUACCUCCCAACACCCACCUCCCACACAAACCCCCCACCAAAGCCACAAUGGUCGAAUGCCCCGAAUGCGGCGCCGGCGCCGAUCUAACCAAAGACGGAAGCUACGCACACUGCGCGUCUUGUAAUACUGUUUUCGAGCCGGGGAAGGAGGGGAGCGGGUAUAAGGGGAGUGGGAGUGGGUCGGGGGAUAAGGAGGAGGUGAAGAAGGAGGGUGGGGAGAAGAAGGGGGAGAAAUGA